AUGCGGUUCGGAGUUUGUUGUCCUGUGCCAGCCGACAGGCACAGAAACUUAUAUUCGUGUAACGUUCCUGUUGCAAUUAAAACCAAGGACAAGGUUAAUCUAUUGGCAGAACUUUUUGCCAUGUGCAAGGAACACAGGUCUGCAAGAUUGCUAGACCAACACAUUAACUGCAAUGCCAGCACAGCACAUUCAACUGCUGAUCUUCUCUUGACACUAUCUUCAACAUGGAACCAAGCACUGAAUGACCACCUUUCCACCUGUGUCAUAGCACUUGCUAUUGCAGGAACAUUUGAGUGUGUAUGUCACCAAGGACUGCUGGAGAAACUGCAGGUCAAUGGCAUUGGGGACAAAGUUCUCAGAUUAUUCAACAACUGUUUUACUGAGCAAUAUCUCCAUGUGGUUCUUAAUGGUAAAUCCUCACGAGAACUCCCUAUAGAUGCUGGUGUUCCCCAAGGACGUGUCCUGGGCUAUUGCUCUGGAACAUAUAUUUCAAUUACCUUUUAA